UCUGCCGCUUCAAGAUGGCGGCGCGCGGCACAGCGCCGCCGGGAGGGGAGGAGGGGAGGAGGGGCGGCCGCGGCUGUUGUUGAAGCUUUAUUGUUCCCGCGACGGCGGCCGCUGCUGCCGCGCGCCGUGUCCGCCGCGCCGCUCCCAAUAAAGCUGGGCUUUGUGAAAGCGGCGCGCAGACAACGGUGAGAGGAGGUCAGGAGACACUGGUGUGAUGGAGCUUCCCAGCUACAGCAGGCAGCUGCUGCAGCAGCUGUACACUCUCUUCAAAGAGCAGCAGUUCUGCGAUUGCACCAUCUUCAUUGGGAACGUGCAUUUUAGAGCACACAAGGUGGUUUUGGCUGCUGCCAGCCUGCUUUUUAAAUCGUUAUUGGACAGCACAGACACCAUCUCCAUCGAUGCUUCUGUGGUAACCCCUGAGGAGUUUGCGCUCUUGCUGGAGAUGAUGUACAGUGGCAAACUCCCUCUGGGGAAGCACAAUUUCACCAAAGUAAUCUCCAUGGCAGAUAGCCUGCAGAUGUUUGAUGUGGCUGUUAGUUGCAAAAACCUCCUCAGGGACCUCAUCAGCUGUUCGACUCAGGACCAGGUAGUGAGAGAAGUCUCUGGCCAGGCAGCAGACUCAUCUGGAAACCACGCUGAAGCUAAUAACCUGCCCCAGACUGAAAAACCUACUGAAGGAAAACCAGAUAUCCUCCUCCCUCAGAGAGUUUCCUCUUCUCCUGGCCCUGUAGUAGCAGAAAUGGAAGCAGAUGUUUCUCCUCCUGGCCAGGAACUUACCUUGAAUCACAACUGCGUGCACCAGGAUGCAACACCAAGCGACUCCAGAUCUCUCCAGGAGGAUUCAGGCUCCCGUCCUGACCAGCCUGUCCGUGCCGAGCAGGGUGGCAGUGCAGAAGAGGAGCUUGCUGAGCCUUCACAGGAGAAAGGAGGGAGGGGUUUAGCAGCAGAGAGCAAAAGCUGUAAACUGGAUUUCUUUCUUCGAUAUGAAAGUGUUUUCUCUGAGGCCCUUUCUGAUGCCCGAGCUGUGCUGAAAAGACUAGAAGAGUGCAGAGAAAUUGAUGUCUCUCAAAAGGAGGCUCUGGCUGCCUGUCUGGCAGAGGCAGGGGAACAGUCGGUGUUCAAGAAGCUGCUGAGCAAAGUGAAGGAUGCUCAGACCCUAGAUGCUCAGACCCUCCUGUCUUUACUGAAGCUGUUGCAAGAGGCGAAUCCCAAGCUGAGAGCAGCUUUGCGUGAGAGGGAAGGCGGCAGCAGAGAAGCCCUGCAGCAAACAGAGAGCACAGACGAGGGAGAGACGCUGACCGCUCGCUUGCUGGGACACAGGGAGGAGCUGAUCCAGAGCGUGACACAGCUGAGCCCCAUUGUAGAGUUCCUGGAGGCAGCAGAAGAGGGAUUCCUGACUGCCUCGGAGAAGCGGGUGGUUUUGGAUUGCUGUGAAAGCAGCUCUCAGAGAGAAGCCAUGGACAAUCUGCUCAGGAAGGUGGAUGAAGAGAAAACCCUGAAAGCAGAAAGUUUGGUCAAACUUCUGGGGGCUGUGAAAGCAUCAUUCCCUGGUCUCCACCUUCUGCUAGACAACUUGAUGACAACAGCGAAUGUCUCUGAUGGCAAAGCCAAAUGGAGCCCAGAGGAUUAUGGAGCCAAACUGUUGAGACGAUACCGAGAAGACUUAGUGGAGCUCCUCACAGACACCCAGACACUGCUGCAGGGCAUCUCUGCUGCACAGAGCCUGGCUCCUGCUGAGAGAGAGGCGAUGGAGCAGGUUGUGAAGCGUGAGGCUGGCGGUUUCGCCUCCCUUGUGUCAGCGGCGCUGGAGGAGCAGUCUCUGUCGGUCUCUGCUGUUUGGCAGCUGCUGCUGGCUGUGCAGGAGCCUGCACCGCUAAACCUGCUCAUGGAGGAGAUCCGGAAACAGCCUGGAGCAGAGUUUUUCUUCCAAGCAGUGGCCACCAGCAAGAGCACAGCCAUUGAGAUCAUCCUGCGGCACAGCAAGCUGAUCUCGGAGGCCAUCCAGCAGAGAGCGGGCCAGGAGGGCUUGGCUCCGGGGGAGGCAGGACUCACAGAAGCAGUAAAAGAGCUACUGAGUAUUUCUGCUCAGAAGGAAAGUUCAGAGGCCUCCUUGAAAGCAGCUCUGAGCACAGCCCAGGAGAAGUCUGUCGCAGCCAUCAAGAUCUGUCAGCUGCUGUGCAAUGUCCAUGAGUCCUUCCCGGGCCUGCAGCCAGUGAUGCAGGAGCUGGGGCACGUGGGUCUCUUGACUGAGGGAAGUGGGGAGAAGCCUGGGAUCAGGAAGUGGAAGGUGAACAGUGAAUCCCAAGUUGAAGCUCUGGACAAAGAUGAGGACAAGGUGGGAGGUGUCAGUGCCAAGGAGCCGAAGGAACCCCAAGAAAAAACUGCUACCAAGAAGAGUUUUGUCUGCAAAGCCUGCGACAAGACCUUCCACUUUUACUGCCGCCUGAAAGUGCACAUGAAACGUUGUCGGGUGGCCAGAGGAAAGCAAAUCCAGUGUAAGGAGUGCAGCGAGGUCAAAUCAACGAAGAAGGAGCUGGAGAAGCAUCAGCUGGAGGUCCAUGGCAUGGUGGGGAUGGCCAAGAAGAAGAAGAAGAGGCUCCCCGUGGCAUGCGACAUCUGUGGCCGAGAGUUUGCUCAUGCCUCAGGGAUGCAGUACCACAAGCUGACGGAGCAUUUCGAUGAGAAGCCCUUCUCCUGCGAGGAGUGCGGGGCCAAGUUUGCGGCCAACUCCACGCUGAAGAACCACCUGCGGCUGCACACGGGGGACCGGCCCUUCAUGUGCAAGCACUGCCUGAUGACCUUCAUGCAGGCCUCGGCCCUCGCCUACCACACCAAGAAGAAGCACGCCGAGGGGAAGAUGUACGCCUGCCAGUACUGCGAUGCCGUGUUUGCCCAGUCCAUCGAGCUGUCGCGCCAUGUCCGGACUCACACGGGGGACAAGCCGUACGUCUGCCGGGAGUGUGGGAAGGGCUUUCGCCAGGCCAAUGGGCUCUCCAUCCACCUCCGGACCUUUCACAACAUCGAAGAUCCCUAUGACUGCAAGAAGUGCCGGAUGAGCUUUGCCACCCUGCAGGAGCACCGCAAGCAUGUCCAUGAAGCCCACUCCCGGGACUACCACCCCUGCCCUACCUGCUCUAAAGUCUUCAGCGCCCCGUCGCUCCUGGAGCGCCACAUGGUGACCCACGUCGGAGGAAAGCCCUUCAGCUGUGACAUCUGUGACAAAGCUUACCAGCAGUUGUCAGGGUUAUGGUAUCACAACCGGACCCACCACCCUGAUGUCUUUGCAGCUCAGAAUCACCGCUCCUCCAAGUUCUCCUCCCUGCAGUGCAGCUCCUGUGACAAAACCUUCUCCAGCACUGCUGCUCACCGAAAGCACGUCAAGGCAGAGCACACAGAUGUGAAGUUCCACGAGUGCGAGACGUGCAAGGAGCUCUUCCCCACGCCGGCGCUCCUGCAGGUCCACGUGAAGUGCAGGCACUCAGGCUCUCAGCCAUUUCGCUGCCUGUACUGCUCAGCAUCCUUCCGCUUCCCAGGGGCCCUGCAGAACCAUGUCACCACCGAACACUUCAAGCAGACAGAGAACACCUUCACCUGUGAGCUCUGUGGGGAGCUCUUCCCUUCCCAGGGUGAGCUGGAGGGUCACUACAGUGCUGAGCAUCCCAAGGUGGUCUUCUCCCAAGCCACCACGGCCCAGAUUGUGCAGGUGAUUCAGACAUCAGAGCAAGGAGGAGCAGAGCACAUCAUAUCUUUUGAUGAGGCCCAACUCGCUGGCUCCCAAGUCUUUGUUACAUUGCCCGAAUCCCAGGUGAGCCAAGCUGGCUCCGAGCUGGUGGCAGUGACCAUGGAGGACUUGUUUGACGACAAAGUCACUCUGAUUUGUGAAGAAACCGAGUGAGAGGGAGCAGCAGCCCACACGUGGCACCUGGUAUCCGCUGGACUGACUCAGGAGCUGUACCUCAUCGUGCUGCUCUAGCAGGGAGAUUCAGGCUUUUGUUGGGAAAGCAACCCAGGUAUGUCAUGCUGCAAAAGAAAUGGCAUGCAGCAAGCACGGCGUGGCCAAGGACAGGAGAGGUUUGUAGGUGUUCACAAGGGCCUGGGAAGUUUCCCUGCAGUCGGCAGCUGCCAGCUCGGGUGAGCUGGACCACGCAUCCCUGCUGGCUCAAGAGAAAUAAAGAAGCAGAGGAAAAGAUGGGAAUUGGGUGUGUUCACGUGUGUUCAUCCUCUGCUGUGAACAGUGGGAGGGGUUGGAGACUAGUGCAGGGCAGAGCUGGGGUGGUAUGGGUGUGUGAAACCAAAGGAAAAGCUGUCCUGAGAAUCUGGGGUGGAGAUUUUUAUGGCUGAAUUACUGAUGUGCUUGCAGAUAUCUGCUACUCUGCAGGGUGAGUAAGGGCUGCUUUGUUUCUUCUCUUGCUCUCCCCUGUGCCAUUGUGCUGCCUGGUGUGCCAGCUAGAAAAGUCCUCCAGCGCAGAGCUGACAUUUGAGCCUCUCUGCUUGAGCAGAGGCUUCUUGGGAGUUGUGCUAAAUGGCUUUGGAGCUGUUUAGGUAAUACCUUGUGUAGCACAGGUCUGUUCCCAUCCAUGGUUUUGCUGUGGCUGUCCACUACGAAGAAGAGUCACAGGCAGUUCUGGGCAUCCCCAUCCUCUUGAUGAGCAAAGAGCCGUGAGAUCUCCCACCCCUCAAUUCACCGAGGACAUGCUGAAGCUGCUGCCUCUGAGAAAGGAGAAGGAGCUGUGCCUGCAUGCCAGGGCCCCUUGGUACUGGUAUCGGUGGAUUGGCACGAACGAAGGUAUUUCUGUCUGAGCGUGCAGUUGCUGCUGUGACUGCACGAAGCCGUUCCCCGUGGCACACGGGGCACUGCUUUGUACGCUGCCUUCAGAUACCUGACGUAAAGUUUGCUUCUCCGGUACCAGCACGACACAACAGCUUCAUUGCAGCACACUGGCCCCUUUAAGGCUAAAUUUCAUAAAGCUUUUUUAUCUGUGGUUUCCUAAAAUAUAAUCUGAUAAUUAAUGGUUUGCUGAAUCCAUUAUGAAGUGCAGUUAGAUAGAUGCAGGGUUCCUGUGGCUCCGAGGGGACUGGUAGCAUUUAUCUUCCUUUCCCUCAUGCCAAAGGGUUGAACUCUGCCGCUGCGAUAUUUACAUGCGGAGCGGUGAUCCCCGACGCAUCUCGCAGCCUGAGACCCUGCGGUGAGCGGUGCCUGCUUUAUCAUGCUGCCCAGAGCCACGGGAGUGCAGGAGAUGGAACAGAUGGGAGGUUUCCAGCAGCAUCUUGUGCUGGCUGCUCGCAGCCACCAGGCAGAAGUGGUUGCACAGGACGUGCCACUCCUGACACAACCUGGAGAGAAGAAGGGAACAGCAAUGGGUGCCCCCAGGAGAGGGGCUUCGUGGAGCUAAUGUUCUGCGUGGCUUUUCUUGUGUGUGUGUGGCAGCAAGUGUGUGAUCCUGUUGAGGUGUCGCACGUACUGAAGCGCUCCCAGCUUCCCCUUCCUCGGUUGCAUGCAGUUUGUCCCCCCAGGCUUUGUGGUGACGGUGAAUGGAGGAAGCAUGAGGUUAAGUUGGCACUGAAUCCAGGAAUGACCAGGAGAUGGUGCUCAAGAUCUUGAGGAUCAGAGCUAAUGGCCAGGUGCCUCUGCAGCUUUGCCGAAGCUCCUCUUAGCCUUCCCAGGUUUUGCUUCUGGGCUGGCAAGCGUGGAGAGCCCUUGAGCCGCUGCCAAGCUGAAGGACAAUUCCAAGCCCUGGACAGGACACCUCCAAACCCUGGAUAUCGCCGCUUAAAGAAGAGCCUGAAACUGGGCUGUGGCCACCUGUGGAGAGAGUAAAGUACAUCCGUUACUGAGGUGGAGCAGCAAAAAAGCCUGGGAUCCCUCGCGGCCAGGAGGAGGGCAGAGGGGGAACUGCUGGAGACCAUCCCGCGCCUGCCUGGACACAGAGGAGCGGUGCAUGGUGCUUAGGCUGAGCGCAGGGAUAGUGACAGAACAAGCAAGUACAUCUUGAUGGUCUCAGAGCAGAUGUGUUGGGAAGUAAGCGGUGGAUUUGGUCCCACGGGCUGGUGGAGAUGGAACCUGUUCCCCCUUUUCUGGCUUUGGGGGGGCUGGGAGCUGUGGAAAUCCUGCUCAGGCUGUGUGAGCACUCUGGGGUAGGGGAUGAAUUGUCCAGGCGGUGCUUUGCAGAUGUCCUAGCCUUCAUUUGGGAGCCAAUAUCUGCAGGAGCCCUAGAUGAAGCUGAUCUCCCUCUGUUCCUGAAGAACUCGUGAGACAGAGUAAAGGUUUAGCAGGAUCUGGGGAGAAGUUGCCUAUUUAUAACCCUCUCAUAAGGCAGAGGGAGCUUAGCUAGGGAAGAGCAUGCAAAUGAUGCAUUUCGGCUCUGAUCCAUUUGGUCCCUGUUGACCAAGUGUUGUCACAGCUGAAGGGGGAUGGUGUAGAUCACACAUCAGGUGCCGUUCAGGCUCACGUCUCCUGUUUAGGGCCAUCUCUCCUGCCUUCGUGCCCUGCAAGAGCCUGCAUAGAGGUAUCCUCAGCAGAGUCCUGCCAGCGGUAUACACCCAGUGAGAGCUCUGCAUCUGUACACAGCCUGUCAAGCAUCUCCCGUACCAUUAUGAGGAGGUAAUAACUCAGAUCCCCCCGUUCCUGUUCCUUCUUGGUGGGUGAAAUGUGCACGUCAGAGGGAAUUGCCGUGUUAGCAGCACCUAUGUCCUACCCGGAAGGAAGAUGCAUUUCCCGGGCAUAUCCUGGUCUGGCGUGCACAGCGCUGAAGGAGCUGAUCACUAGUGAUUUCUUGUUACGCUGCAUAUUCUUUUUUCCCUCUGUAAAAAUAAAACAUUGAAAAUGAAA